AUGUCGCGCUAUUUCAAAGCAGCUUUUCAUGGCAAAUUCCGGGAAUCAUGCGGAUGCCUGACACUUACCGACAAAGAUCCGAUACUGGUGGAAAAGGUUUUUCAGUACUUGUAUACGGGAAACUACUCGGUGGAUCCAGACAAGGAAGAGACUGGAGAGAUCAGCUCUGAUGAUUCCGAAAAUUCGAGCCUCGAUGGCAAGCCUGCAUUUCGCCAGUGGAAACGAGUGCCGAAGAAAAGAAAAAGAUUCGGCGUCCGGAAGAUGAUAAACUUCUUCACCAUGGGUGCCAGACCGAAGAAACGCACUGCCCUGGAUGGCCGACUUUUUCACUGUCCUGCCUACUUCCAUCUCCGCAUGUACGCCGAAGCAGACUACUUCAUGAUCGAUGAGCUGAAAGUCAAAGCCGAAGCGGAGUUCUGCCAAUCCUUCGAAAACCUACUCACAAUCGAGCUAAUUUUCAAAAAAGAGUACGCCGCUAAAUUCGCCAUCAGCAAAAUCAUUAACGAGCUAUACAACCGCCGUGGGAAUUACGGCGUGUUGAGAGAAAUGGUGCUCGAGCUGAUGCUGAACAACAUGCCCGGUUUGCGACAAACGAUAUUCAUGUCUCCGAUGGAAGGGUGUUGCUUUCUGAGUUCGCACCCCGAAUUCGGGGCGGAUCUUUGCUGGGGGAUGAUGGAGAAGGCGUUUCCGUCGGAUAUGCCUACAUACUAUCCCACGCUUAUGCCGGAACAGUUCGCAUACUGGGAGCGGCAAUGUAAGUCGAUGACUGGGCAUUUAUAA